UACGAGUCGUCAUCAAGAAAGUCUUUUUCAGGCUGCAUUGAUUUGGCUCGGCAGAGGAUAGCAACUGUCUGCUUUUGAAGACCGGUCUGUUUUGAGAAGAACAUCCAUAUCAUUAAUAAAAUGCCUGGCCCAGCAGCAAGUGCGACAAACGUCGGAGCGUCCAGCCGCUCUCCCAGCAAGACAGUCGCCCCCCGGGCUGCAGGGUCUACAGUCCGACAGAGGAAGGCCACAAGCAGCGGGACGCGCAGCGCAGGCAGAGCCACAGGCGCAGCCACAGGCACAGGCGGCAUGUGGCGCUUCUACACCGAGGACUCACCCGGCCUUAAAGUUGGGCCCGUUCCAGUCCUGGUGAUGAGUUUGCUCUUCAUUGCCUCUGUCUUCAUGCUGCAUAUCUGGGGCAAGUACACCCGAUCUUGAGCGGAGUGCCUCGGACGCUUGACCAUCUGCACCACACCACCUCCCACUUACCUACCGAUACCCACCCUGGUCGAUUUGCGGCUCUUGUCUCUCCCGCUUCCAUCAUCUCUUAAAGCCAUCAGACGUGGACCAAACCUGCCACCCUACCCCCAGGGAGGGCCUCUGCUCUGCAGUCACAACUCCUCCCUCCUCCUCCUCCCCCCUCUCGUCCCUGACAAGUCAGUCCCAUCACUCUAAACUGAACCAUCUGGAGAGAUCUUCUCACGCCUGUCAAGGCUCAUCAUGGAAGUCAUCUGCUCGUUUCUUUGUAAUUUCUAUCUAUCUUUUUUUUUGUUUUUUUUGUUUUUUUGUUUAAAGGAUAAUUUGUACACAGUGUUAAAUAAGAAUUUGCAAAUAAAGUAAGGUCUGCAGCCGUG